AUGGAGCCAAAUCACACAAAAUCUACUACUAAUACUCCUUUUGUCAAUCUCCGACUUCUCGAGAACAUUAAUCAUCACAUUGAAGCCGAAAUUCCCAAGGAACGGUACAGAGAUUACAAGAUGCGCAGAGAAAACAUAGAUAGCAUGACUCCACCGAUCACUAGCUCUGAGGAACCAACCGUGUCUACACUUGAGGGAUCGGAAGACGAAAGGCUGUCUUCGGAGACACUGUCUGAUACGGAAGAGACAUCAGAAGUUAUUCAAGAAACUCGAGCUGAAACUAAGAAGAGGAGACGCCAAGAACUCCUCGAUAAUCAUGAUGCGAGAUCGUACGAGCUCGUUGUGGAUGGCCUUCUUGAGAGUCAGAUUAGACAUUACGCAGUGCUGCGGCGAUGUGAAUUGGUUUCUGUGCAAGCAAAAGAAGAUAAACAUUAUAAGGAGCAUACUUUUAUUGAGACUAGCGAAGAAUCAGAACCUACACCAAAACAUGGAGAUUCUAUUUCCGAUCUACCCAAUUCACAAUUCUCGAUUAAGAGCAAGAAUCCUAGAUUUUCCUAUAGCGAAAAUAACGUGAGCGCAAUUGGAAAGAGUGGACCUGGCGUCACAAAGAAAGGUCACGUUGCCAAGAAACGGGCAAUUAUCAAAAAGAAGGAUAUGCUCGAGUUGAUGUUAAGGGAAUGA